GUGGGAAUAAACAAAAAAAAAGAUUUGUGACGUAUACAGACAAAUUUUUCUUGAUCUUUGCUUUGAUUUUAUUUAGCACUUUUGUUCGUUCUCUAGCCAUUACUCGUAAUUUUAUGUUUUCAAUAAAUAAAUACCUACCAUGACUUCUUGUAAGAAAUGUAAUGCUGUCGGGACUGUAAUUUUAAGAAAAAUAGAUAGCUAUUGUGAAUCAUGCUUUCUUACUGGUACCAACCACAAAUUUCGUGCAUGUCUUGGUAGAAGUAAAACUUUAUCGUCUAAUGAAAAAGUUUUGAUCUGUUUGACGAGAGGUCUUGGUUCCACAGUAUUGCUGGAUCUGGUAAAAAAUAGCUUAGCCUUAGAUAACCAUAAGAAACUUCGGAUAACACCUUAUUUUUUGCACCUAAAAGGUUAUGAGAAUGAUGAAGAAAAUCUAAAUAUUGCUAGUUCUAUUAUAGAAAUAUGCCAAACAUAUGGAUUUGAUGUAUAUAUUUCCAAUAUAUCAGAUUAUCUUAACUCCGAUAGCACUCUUCCAGAUGUAAAUACAAUACAAGAAAAUAAUAUUAAUGAAAUUAUGAGAUUUCAAAAAAUUCUAAAUAGUAUGCCACCUACUGCACAAAAUGAUUUUCUUGUAAAAGUUAAAAGAAAAUUAUUCAUUAAAUUUGCCAAGAAGCUGGAAUGUAAAUUUAUUUUCACUGCUGAAACUACAACCACAUUAGCAAUACAUUUACUUUCUAAUAUUGCAACUGGAAGAGGAUCCCAGAUACAAAAUGACAUAGGAUUUUCUGACUGUAGAGAUAAUGCUGUCACAAUAUUGAGACCUGUCAAAGAUAUUACUGGAGAAGAAUUGAUUCAUUACAUAAAUAUAAAAGGAUUGAAAGUUUUACACAACCAAAGUUCAAAAGGAAACAGUUUGCAAUCAGUGAUAAAAACAUUUGUGACUGAACUCCAAAAGAACUUUCCAGCUACCAUACCUACUAUAUGUAAAACAGCUGACAAAAUUGGCAUGAACAGCUGUGAAAGCAGUAAUAAAUGUGCAAUCUGUGAGAGUGAUAUAAAUGGAGAUUCAUCAAAAUUAUCUGCUCUUGAAGCUUCAAGUUAUUCAAGAAUGAUUUCAUUAAUGGAACCACCAAAAAGGAACAGUGAUAAAAAAUGGAAUGAAAAUACAUCAUUAUUUCCAUACAUCCAAAAAUCACUAUGCUAUGGAUGCAGUAGAAAUUAUUCUGAAAUGUCUAACUGUAGACUUCCAAGUCACAUAAUGAUGUAAGAAUAAAUAAUAUAAAAUAAAUAAUAUUGAGUUAAAACAACUUUCCAAGGAAAUAUGCUACUCCUACCCCAUGCUCUAUAUACCUAUGACUAUAUUUUUUUAGUAAAAAUAGACUUUAAGUAAAAAUAUUUUAUGAAUA